AACCCGACUCCCUCGGUGUUUCAUAGCUGGAGUUGCUCUGGGAUUCCAUUACAGCAGAUUGCUGGGGGUGGAGGAGAGCGGAGUGAGCAGCUCGGCUGCAGACGCUAAACACAGAAAUGACCAGAUUUGUUCUUCCUACACAGCAGACUGGAGAAAUGCUGCAACUCAAUGUGGACCUUAACCAGCUUUAGGAGGAACUCUCCAACUUCACAUGUGCAGCCAGUCUGUUUUCAUCAGCUGCUUUUGACUGAGGUGGAUUUCAUUAAUGGAUCAGGUCAAAGUGUGGCAUCCUCCUUACUGAAGCCCCGUCCACAUGACUCCCCGCUGCACCAUGAGCGCGUGUGACCGCAGUGCUUUCUGCCUACGGGGGCGCUUACUGGGGGCUCUGUUAUUGCUGGCUGCCAUGCAGCCGCCGUGCGCCGGCUGCCCCAAAUCAUGUGUGUGUCACAUUCCCACUGAAGUGCACUGCACCUUCAGGUACCUGACCGCAGUACCUGACCACUUCCCACCAGCUGUGGAAAGAAUUAACCUUGGGUACAAUGGUCUAACUUUCUUGAGAGAAAACGAUUUCUUGAGGCUUGAGAAGCUGCAGAUGCUGAUGCUGCACAGCAACACUAUACACAGCAUGGAGGACAGCCCCUUCAGAGAUCUCGCGUUUCUACAGGUCCUGAAGAUGUCACAUAAUAAACUCAAGGAAAUACGCAAAGAGACAUUUAAAGGCCUGAAGAGUCUGCUGAGACUCCACAUAGACCACAACCAGAUAGAAUUUAUCAACCCAGAGGCUUUCUAUGGCCUGACAAACUUGCAGCUGGUCCAGCUGGAGGGCAACCAGCUCCAGCAGCUCCACGCAGACACAUUCAUCACUCUGAGACACAGCCAGGUUUUCAAAGUGUCAUCACUGAAAGCCAUCCACUUGUCAGACAAUCGUCUUAGCGCUCUGCCUGCUGACAUUUUCCUAGGCUGCAGUCGGUUGGAGAACCUCUUCCUCCACGGCAACCCGUGGAGAUGCGAUUGUCAGAUGAAGUGGUUCUCAGAGUGGAUACAAGGGAACUCUGGUGUGCUGAAGUGCAAGCAAGACAGGCAAGGCCAGCUGUGUCCUGUUUGUGAAACUCCUGCCCUUCACCACGGUCAACCUGUAUUUAUCCUCCUCCGUGAUGCCUUUGUUUGUACCAAACCCUGGAUUAAAUCCCAUCUUAAGCAGAAAAACAUAAGUCUGGAGGAAGGGGACUUUAUUCCUGUUUACCCCAAGGACUUUAUUGCCCCGUUAGGCUCCAUACAGAUGAACCUAACUGACCAGUCUUACAAAGAUGCCAGUCUAACGUGCACCGUUCAGACGCCUACUGCCUUUGAAAACCUGACACAAACCGCAACGGAGGAUGAGGGAGGAGUCGUGACGGGGCUCACCACCGGUAUCACUACAUAUUUGGUGUGUAACGUCGAACAUGAACACGUCCAACAGCUCUGGCAGAUCUUGGCAACUUACAGUGAGUCUCCUGUGAGGCUAGAGAGAGGCGCGAUGCUGGCCGGAACACCUGAAAUGAUUUACAGAUACAGUCAGGAGAAAUCUGGAGAGGAAGGAAUUACAACAAAUGUUAAAGCUGACAUUAAAGCAACUCCGGCAUGGCUGAUGCAAGGAGAAGUCAGCCUCCAGCUCGACCGUACUACAACCACCUUUUCUACCUUGCAUAUUAAGUACCAGUCGAUUGUCAGUUUACACCUUGAAGCUGUGCCUACAAAAAGAGGUCGUUAUUCCUGGACCAUGAUCAAAAGAGACAAUCAAACCAAGACUGAGCAUGUUGUGAUUGCAGGUGGUGUGGCAAAGUUGAGCUGUCAUAUCCAAGGUGACCCAAAGCCUCUGAUGGAGUGGAUUUUACCUGAUGGAAGUAAAGUCCGGGCUCCGUUUUACAGUGAGGACAGAAGGAUCGUGAUCUCUGCUGAUGGGGUGCUAACUCUUCGGGGAGCAGACGCCUCUGACACUGGUCUGUACCGGUGCAUUGCCACCAACUACUUGGACGCGGAUGUCCUCACGUUUCGGGUCACUGUUCUUUCUCCCGACGUGGAGGAGGCUGAGGUUAAUGGUCUUCAGCUGUCGAAGUCAAUUGAUGAUAAUCUUAGGCUUGAUUGUAGCUCCACUGGGAGCCCCAGCGGCUCGGUUUCAUGGAUUCUCCCUGACCACUCGGUGCUCGACAAGUCUCAAGCAAACAGAAAGGUGUACGAGAAUGGCACACUUCUGAUUCAAGGCCUCACAGCCAGGGACCGAGGAUUUUACAGGUGCUUGGUUGCUAAUCACCUGGGAAUUGAUUUACUCGUGUCUCAGGUGACACUAUCUGAAGAAAGGUCUGAGGGCAUGAUGGAUUUGAAAAGUGAAGGAUCGGGAAUGGCGAUGGACUCUAAGAUGGAUUCCAGUUUGGAAGAUCAUACAGUCACACUUGAAGAGAAUGCUUUUUCUGCUCCUUCAGAAAAAACGAGUCAGGAAUCCAGGACUGUCACUUCAGAUCGGUCCUACCCUAGACUGCGACUACAGGGGAGAGGAAGGAUGGGACAAAGAAGGAGGGGAGCAGCUCACAACAGACGCAUCUGGAGUAGCAGGGUGUUUCCUCAAGCUUCCAGGAAGGUUGACCCACAGAAGUUUGCGGAAUUAAUGGAAAAAGCUCAAGAUGGAUCAAAAGUAAAGACUGGCACAGUAAACAAGAGUGUCAAAACUAAAAAUCCACACAUGGUUUAUAUUGCUGAGGAGGAAACUGGUUCUGGUGGGGGUUAUAAAGAAGCUGUUGCCCCACGGAAAGUGAAACCAACCACAGAAACUGCGGAAACAUAUAAACCAAUAAAGCCUGUAUUCACACAUUUACCAAGUCAGUUUCAGUUGACAGACUUUUACCCACUGGAAAGAACCAGUAUGCCACCUGCAGAUCUGAACCCUGUCACCUUACAGCUUAGUGGGAGAGAUGAUGCACAAGUAACUCACCUCAGCGUUUUGGAACAACCAACUGCGGAGAUGGAAACAUCCACAGGGGCGGCAUUCGCCCUGACUACAGACCCCAACGUUACUCCGGUAAUGGAUGAUCCAGACCCAGUGGAGCUCAUCCUUCACACAGACCCAAAGAGCCAAAUGACUUUUACAGCAAUUACUACCACAGAGAGAGAAAAAGAUAUAAUCACCUUCCACACGACACAAACACUCAAGUCCCCGCAACUGCCUGCCGGCUCCACCAUCAUCUCCAAGCAACAGAUCAAGAUAAUUCCACACAAGAGCAUCAGAGGAAAAGGCGGCAGGAGGAUCCUGCAUGGUCGGAGGAGGUUAAUUAAACCCAACAGGAUCACUGACAUGCAGUCUUUUAUCAAUCGAUUUAAACAGCCGACUGUCAAGAAGGAAGAAAAUACCACAGAUUGUGACUGCGACGAAAACAGGAAGACGGGGAUGACUAAUGCUCGGCCCGUCACUCCAACACUUCCCUCCAAUUCAUUUUUAAGCAAAAGAGAAAAGCCUGCCUCUACACAAAAAGCUUCAACUUCUGCCACAAAUCACUACAAUGCAAAUACCCCUGUUAUCCACGCUCAGUCCGGAUCAGAGGCUUCCUCAGAGUACUUAACAUCUGCCGAGGCCCCGGAAAUUGAUUCAACAAUCGGUCCUUUUCCUACCCCAAAAGAAGAACAGGAAAUUAGCGCCACAAAAAGUACCGCAACUAAAUCUAAGGUCAUCCAUGGAAAGAUACCAUGGAACAGACUGUUUGAAAGCAGUGAAAGGGUAAAACUGCUGGGUAAAUUAAAGAAACCAUUCGUUCAACAAAAAACUACAGUUCAGACUACAUCUGUUGCUACACUCCCUACUGAUGAGACUACAACCAUGACAACCCCACAAGGCAUCCUUUGGACUCUGUCACCAUCCAAAAGCAAAGAGAGCUCAUUAGAUGAUGACGAAGCUUUAACAUCUGGAGAUUCUGAGUUUACAACACUUAGAACUGAAUAUCACCCAACUAAAACAAGUGUAUUUGAUCAUUCCGGGUCUUUGGACACAGCUCAAACACCAACAGAAAUACAAACUCUUCCUGCUCCUCCGACUGUCGAUCAACGUUCAGUUGACAGUCCUGAUAGAGUAUUAACGUCAGGAUCUGGAGGUUCUUCAGAUCAACUUGCAAGCAACCAGAGCUUUGGUGGAAGAAGAAGACAACAGGGAAGAAGAAACAAGCCUUUAGGGGGAAGGAGGCUUUUCAAGAGACCGAAAUUUACUAAAGUCAUUUCUAAGACAAAUGUGGUUUCAACCUCUGAGGUUACAACUAAGAAAAAUGCGAACAACGAAACCACACAAUCUGUUUCAUCUUACAGUCCCACUUACACAAUUUCAAACCUUCACCAUACAACUACAAUGAUGCCCAGGACCACAAAGCAACCUUAUGUAGCUGUCCAGAACAGAGUCAACAAUGUCAGGCCUCCGAUACAGAGAAAUAAUGGUGGGACUUCUCACCAGUCACCACACAGGACAAUCGAAAAUAUAGAAAACAGCAGCAAUGCAAAGGGAAAAGCAGAGAAAGGUCUUGACACAAUGACUGCAUUUACAUCAGAGGAAGAUUAUGAUGUCCCUUUUAAAGAUAAAAAAGUAACUUAUAACUCCAUCCCUGGUACUCGUAAUCAUCUCAUGGACAAUGAAGCUACCACUGCCAGAACUGUUCCACUAAACCCCACAGCAAAACCCACGAGGAGCAAACCAAGGAUAGUUGGAGGAAAUGCAGCAAGCUUUACUGUUUUGUCUAACUCAGAUGCUUUCCUCCCCUGUAAAGCUGUGGGAAACCCGCCUCCGGUGGUAACCUGGAAACACUUCUCGUUCACAGGAAACACUGUUUCCAUCAGUGAAAAAACGGGCAGGUUUGAAGUGCUGGGCAACGGAACCCUAACCAUCCAAAAUGCCAACGUUAAGGACCGUGGCCAGUACCUUUGUCUCGCUGAGAAUGAUCAUGGAUCAGACAAACUUCUUGUCACCCUCUCUGUGGUAGCCUACCCCUCACGGAUCCUUGAGCCAAAAAUGAGAGAAAUUAAAUCUCACACAGGAGACAGAGUGGAAAUGAAAUGCAAAGCUGAAGGCCGACCGUUACCUAUGAUUUCUUGGAUCUUGGCAAACACGACCCAAGUUAGGGGUGAAAAUACGGAGAGAGGAAGGGUACUGCUGUCAUCUGAGGGGACCCUGAUUAUAGACCAUGUGUCUGUUUAUGAUAGGGGAUAUUACAAAUGUAUUGCCAGUAAUCCAGCAGGAGCAGAUACGGCUACUGUACGACUUCAGGUGGUUGCGGCACCCCCAGGUAUUGUCGAGCAAAAACGGCAGCAGCUGACAGUCAGGUGGAGACAAAACCUGUGGCUCCCUUGCAGCAGCUACGGCACUCCAAAUCCCAGCAUUCACUGGGUCCUCCAUGAUGGAUCAGUGGUCAGAUCUCAUCAACGUAUGAGUGAAAAAAGGAUAUCGGUGCUUGCGAAUGGGACCCUUUUCAUAAAAGACGUGAAUCCAGAAGAUGAUGGAAAAUAUGAAUGCAUUGCUACCAGCUCCACUGGUUCAGAGCGGAGAGUAGUAACUCUGUCAGUGGAAAAAUGCGAGCAUCCACCUGAGAUAGUGGAGACGUCUCAAAACACGACAGAGCUGUCUUUUGGGGAUCAGUUAAGGCUCAACUGUUCAGCAACAGGAGAACCUAAACCAAAGAUCCUCUGGAGGCUUCCGUCAAAAGCUGUUGUUGAUCAGUGGCGCAGGAUGAGCAGCAGAAUUCAGGUCCUGGUUAAUGGAACCCUCGUUGUCAACACCGUAAGUGAUAAAGAUGCUGGAGAUUAUCUUUGCGUGGCACAAAGUCCAAUUGGAGAUGCUCUUCAGCUUAUGAGGGUCACUGUGUCGAUGAAGCCAGCCAAAAUAGAGCCUAAGUUUAAUAGGAAAAAACAGGUUCACUAUGGCAAAGACUUGAGAGUCGACUGCAAAGCCUCUGGAGCACCGAAACCUGAAAUCUCUUGGGGCCUACCGGAUGGCACCAUGGUCAACAGUGCUUUGCAGGCUGAUGCUGGCCAUGGAGGAGGACGAGCACGUCGAUAUACGUUGUUUGAAAAUGGAACUCUGUUUUUGAACCAGGUUAGUACUUCUGAGGAGGGGGAUUAUACAUGCUAUGCUGAGAACCAGGUGGGAAAAGAUGAGAUGCAUGUACAUAUUACCGUGGUGACAGCUGCCCCACGAAUACGUCCGCCUAGCCAAACCUACGCCAGGGUGAAGCCUGGAGGAAAUAUUCGCUUUGACUGUGAACCUUUCGGGGAGCCAAAACCAAAAAUUCUGUGGAGGCUAUCUAACAAUGAUGUAAUAGCAGCAUCAAAUGAGCGGUACCUAAUCCACGCCAAUGGUUCUCUGGGUAUACGAGAUGUGACACUUAAUGAUGCUGGAGAGUAUGUCUGCAUGGCUCGCAACUCUGUCGGAGAAAACCGAAGGAUUUAUAAGUUAGACAUUGAUGGGGAUCUUCCAGUCAUCAAUGGCUACCAACAGAACAGAACAGUUAUCAAAGACGUGGCCAUAAAACACUCUCGGAAACUGUUGGACUGCAAGGUUGAAGGUGACCCCACACCCACCGUCACUUGGAUUAUGCCUGACAAUAUCUUUCUUUCAGCACCAUACUUUGGCAGCAGGAUUAAUGUCCAUCAUAAUGGGACUCUAGAGAUUCGGAAUGUGCGACCUUCUGAUAGUGCAGAGUUCAUUUGCUUGGCAAGGAGUGACGGAGGAGAGGCAGUUAUGGUCGUGCAGCUGGAGGUUACCAGUGUGCUGCGUAGGCCAAUCUUCAAGAACCCCUUUAAUGAACGAAUUAUGAGUCGGAUUGGAAAAACUACAGUUCUGAACUGUUCAGCCGAUGGUCAGCCACGGCCUGAGAUCAUUUGGACUUUGCCUAAUGGAACACGGAUUACAAGCAGAUCCAGGCACAGCUCUCGUCUCAGACCAGGUGACGAUGGGACUUUAGCCAUCCAUAGCUCCCGUGAAGAAGAUUCUGGAAAGUAUCGCUGUGGGGCCCGGAACUUUGUGGGCUAUAUAGAGAAACUAAUCAUUUUGAACAUUGGACAGAAGCCGUACAUUUUCACAAGGCCUAAAGGCGUCAUACGCAGCAUUUCUGGGGAACCCCUGUACCUUCACUGUCUAUCUGAUGGGAGUCCCCGACCCAGAGUCUACUGGACUAUUCCUGGUGGUCACACUUUUUCUCAGCCUCAGACACUUGGUCGGUACCAUUUGCUAGAGAAUGGCACUCUGGUUGUUCGUGACACUACUGUCCAUGACAAAGGGAACUACAUCUGCAGGGCUCGUAACAAUGCUGGAGAGGCACUCAUUACCGUUCCUGUCCUUGUGAUUGCUUACCCUCCACAGAUCACCAUGGGUCCACCUCCUAGACUGACGGCAAUAACUGGAACACCUUUAAAGCUCAAUUGCGCUGCAACUGGAAUCCCAAAGCCAGAAGUCACCUGGGAACUUCCAGACCAUUCAGUUCUUUCAACAGCAGAGCAAGGUCGGCCCACGGGUAGUGAGCUGCUUCACCCACAGGGCACACUUGUCAUCCAGAGGCCAUCUUCUUCUAACUCUGGCCAGUACAAAUGCUCAGCCAAAAACUAUCUUGGUACAGACUCAAAAGUCACAUUUGUUCUAGUACUUUGAGAGGAGGGAGUACAUUUAAAUGUCAACACAGAGAGAUCAAGCCACACCUGUUUCCUGUGCUGCAUCAUCAGUGGAUUCCUUUGAGUCUUUGGAAAUAAUAACAACUAAAUAUUUAAAGAUUUUUUUUAUUUUUAUGGAUUUUUGUAGAAAUUGGGAAACCCUGCCUGCCAUUGCCAUAAGUGGAAACUGAGCGUCUGGACUUUCAUGCGUGCUGCAGAUUUAAGUUGACCAAGCCUGUCAAACUUGGGAAGUGAUGGAACUAGAAUUAACUUCACUGGUCAUGAGAAUUGCAUUUCCCUCCUACUGUGUGGGCCACCUUUUUCAGCCUGGAAAUUGUGUUUAUUCCAAUGUGGGAUUUCUGCUGAGUGCUGCAGUCAUUACACGUUGUUUUACUUGUUGCCAGAUUAAAAUGACAGGAGGUAAAGUAUGCAUUAAAACAUCUUCUAAAGGCAAUUUUCUGAAUUACACAGCUCUUUUAAUUAUAUAAAAUCAUAUAUAAGUCAUACACUGGAGACGUGUCUGGAAGGGCAGACAGACCGCUUUUUCGAAACAGAAUUCUUUGUCAGUGUUUUUUGUGUCUUUAUAGGAAUAAAAAGAACUUCUAAUUUCUGAAAUAUAAGAGACAAAACAGAAACAAAAAUCACAUUAUCGCCUCAAAUAAUCAUUAAUCAUUUCAAAGUAUCUCAUAACAAUAAAGUGAAGGAUAAACAUGACUGGUUUUUUCUUUUAUGUGGAUUUUGUUAAGUUAAAACUAGAAUACUGAGAUAAUAAAAAAAAUAUUUAAAUGAA